AUGAGUGAAGGUAAAGUAAAGUCAAGAGAUUCAAUUACAGAUACUGCAUGUCAUGUGUUGAAAGGUGCCAUCGUAAAGGUAUUGAAUACACCAAUCACAGUCUCAGUAGAGUGUCAGAAUAAAGUUAAAGGUAGAGUAUGUGUAGAGUACACCCUCGAUGAUAAACCAGACGAUUCAACACUCCAAAAGAUUGAAGAUGAAUGCAAUAGAAUCAUCAAAGAGAAUCUACCAUUGAACGCAUUCAGCAUGGAUCGUAAAGAAGCUGAAGCAAAAUACACCAAAGAAAAAGUUAACAACACCUAUAUCUAUGAUAAAUUCCCUGUGCCAGAAUCGGUUACAACAUUGACUUUGGUAGAGAUUGCAGGAUGGAAUAUCAAUUGUUGUCCAGCUGUACAUUUGAAGUCUACAGGUGAAUUAGGUGGAAUCAAGAUAUCGGGUAUCAAUCAUCGUCCACAAAAGAAAGAGUUGGAAUUUAGAUUCGAUAUUGUAGCUUCCGAUGCUGUCGAUAACAAAAAGAAGAAGAAGGGUGGUGCUGCACCAGCAGUGACAGUCGUCGAUCCAUUAGAAGAACAUCGUGCUCGUAUCUCUGCAACCAACGUCAAGGAUUUAACUGCACGUAUUGUAGAGAUGGUCAUUGCCAACGCCAACAACCAGAAAACACUGGAACAAACCACCAUCCCAGAAAUUCAAAAUCUUCUCACCAAUCUUAAAAAUGUAUCAUAUUCAAAUGGAUAUAAUGCUAAUAAAUAA